AUGGCGUCUUCGCUCCGCCUUCAUCUGCCAUUCUGCUCUCCCUGCAACCGUUCCGCCGCCUUUAACCCCAUCGGAAAUCCUAGAUGCUAUACUACAGUUCGAUGCGGUCCGAGAGACAACCGUGGUCCGCUAUACAAAGGCCGAACGCUGAGCAUAGAGGCAAUACAAGCCGUUCAAUCACUCAAACGAUCACACCGUUCAGAUCCCACCAAUAAUGAUACCGUUUCCAAAACACUAUCUCGCCUCGUCAAAUCCGACCUCGUCGCCGCCUUCAACGAGCUCCUCCGUCAAGAUCAGUUCGACCUAGCUCUCAAAGUCUUCUCCGCCAUCAGAUCUGAGGACUGGUACAAAACCGACCUAUCUCUGUACGCGAAGCUGGUGGCGUCGAUGGCGACUAAAAGGAUGACGGAUGAUAUUGACAAUCUGAUCCUCGACAUAGAAGUGGAUGACGUGGUUUCAUCUGAUUCGAAGGGACUCAUAACGCUUAUCAAGGCGUUGCUUGCUGCUGACAGGGCUGAAUCGACGGUCAGGAUAUAUGAGAUGAUGAAAUCCGGCGGGUGGAAUUGUAAUUCUCCAUCGAAUGAUUAUGUAGGUAAGGUUUUGAGUAGGGGAUUGAGGAGAUUAGGGAAGAAGAAGGUAGCUGAUGAGAUAGAUUCGGAAAUUGGGAGGGUGUCGGGUGGUAUUUCGGAAAAGAUGGUGGUUUAA